CGCGGCGCCGGGGCCCGGCAGGCAGCGAGCGAGUCGGAACCUGCCGACCGGAGGAAGAGAGCGAGAGGCGGAUCCCGGGAACGGAGGCAGCGGCGGCAAGAGUCGCAACUCGGCGGCGGGCCGUCCUCGUCUCGCCCGCCCCGGCUGGGAGACAAAGGAGGAGGGAAAAGGCGGCAGCAGAGCUCCGAGGACGGAGUCGCCCGCGGGGCUGAGCACGAUGCGGCGUGGGGCCGCCCGAGGCCGGGAUCGAGGCGGCUGCGCGGCCUGCCUGGCGUGGCGCGGCUAGAGGAGGAGGAGGAGGCGGCGGCGCGAGGGCGGCGGCGCGGCCGAGGCCCGACGGACUUUUCUUCGGCCGAGCCCGCCCUGGCGGCGGCGAUGUGAAGGCCGGGCCCGGGCGAGGGCCGGAGGGCGAGCGCGCCGAGGCUGGGUCGAGCGGCGCAAGGACGCCGGGCCCGAGGCGCCGCGCGGCGGAGGCGAUCCGGGCCCGGGCGAUGGAGACGCACGUCUCGUGCCUGUUCCCGGAGCUGCUGGCCAUGAUCUUCGGCUACCUGGAGGUGCGCGACAAGGGCCGGGUGGCGCAGGUGUGCACGGCCUGGCGGGACGCCGCCUACCACCGCUCGGUCUGGCGGGGCGUGGAGGCGAAGCUGCACCUGCGCCGCGCCAACCCGUCCCUUUUCCCCAGCCUGGCCGCGCGGGGCAUCCGCCGGGUGCAGAUCCUGUCGCUGCGGCGCAGCCUGAGCUACGUGAUCCAGGGCAUGGCGGAGAUCGAGAGCCUCAACCUGAGCGGCUGCUACAACCUCACCGACAACGGGCUGGGCCACGCCUUCGUGGCCGAGAUCGGCUCCCUGCGCGCGCUGAACCUCAGCCUCUGCAAGCAGAUCACCGACAGCAGUUUGGGCCGCAUCGCCCAGUACCUCAAAGGCCUGGAGGUGCUGGAGCUGGGCGGCUGCAGCAACAUCACCAACACGGGCCUCCUGCUCAUCGCCUGGGGCCUCCAACGCCUCAAGAGCCUCAAUCUGCGAUCCUGCCGCCACCUGUCCGAUGUGGGCAUCGGGCACUUGGCUGGCAUGACCCGGAGCGCAGCCGAGGGGUGCCUGGGGCUGGAACAGCUGACGCUGCAGGACUGCCAGAAGCUCAGCGACCUCUCCCUCAAGCAUCUGGCCAGGGGUCUCACACGCCUGCGCCAACUCAACCUCAGCUUUUGCGGGGGGAUCUCAGAUGCGGGGCUGCUGCACCUGUCACACAUGAGCAGCUUGCGCACGUUGAACCUACGCUCCUGUGACAACAUUAGCGACACAGGUAUCAUGCACCUGGCCAUGGGCAGCUUGCGCCUUUCAGGCUUGGACGUCUCCUUUUGUGACAAAGUCGGAGACCAAAGCUUGGCCUACAUUGCACAGGGCCUGGAUGGCUUGCGCUCUCUCUCCCUUUGCUCUUGCCACAUCAGCGACGAGGGCAUCAACCGCAUGGUGCGCCAGAUGCAUGGACUGCGCACCCUCAACAUUGGCCAGUGCGUCCGCAUCACUGACAAAGGCCUGGAGCUUAUCGCUGAGCACCUUAGUCAGCUCACGGGCAUUGACCUUUAUGGCUGUACCCGCAUCACUAAAAGAGGCCUGGAGCGUAUCACUCAAUUGCCCUGCCUCAAGGUGCUCAAUCUGGGACUCUGGCAAAUGACUGAGAGUGAAAAAGUAAGGUGAGACGAGGGGACACCUGGAGAGCCCCAUCCCGCCGGAAGGAUUCACCAACUGACUGCUGCAGUAGAGGAAAGUGGAGGUGGGGGAGGCGGUGGCCCUCCCAAGAGGGGUUUGCGGGAGGGAAAGCAUCUUUCAGUCUUCCAUCCUUCUGAGGUUGGUAAACUGAGGAGCCAGAUUGUUGGGGGUAAUAUGCUGACUCUGUAAACCGCUUAGAGAGGGCUGUAAAAGCACUGUGAAGUGGUAUAUAAGUCUAAGUGCUAUUGCUAUUGCUAUCUUGGCUAUUUGCCUGCCUCUGUGCCCGCACAAUGGAGGUGAGAGAAAGGGGGAACAUACAGGUAGUUCUCAAUUUAGGACCAUAAUGGAGCCUGCCCAUCGUUGUCAUAACUCCAUGAUGGUUAUAUAGUGGAUCCCCUGAUUUGAAAACCUUUUUUGAAGUGGUUACAGGAAUGUGUUGUCAUUAGGCAAGUCAGCGGUCUUCUGUGGGUUCAGUUUUCCCGGAAAUUGGAAGCGAAUGCCGGUUUUCAGCAAAAUCCAUAAAAUAGGGUCACGUGACUGUGGGCCCUUGCAAAUCCACCACAAAUGUGGCCAGUUGCUGAGCUGAGUAUCAUCACAUGACUCAGUACCAGAACAUGCCCUUGGGGGUGGCAGCCAGAACUUCAAACAGUCUCUAAGCAACUGGUCAUAAAUUGAGGACUACCUGUACUUCUUUUUCUAAUUCCUUCCUCUGCAUUAGAGGGAGACAGCUGCACUCUAGCAGCCUUCCGUGUGGGUGGAUACAGUUACCAUUUUUGAAAUCGGAAAUGCAGCUUCUCAGACGUUUAUGCACUGGGGACGGACGCACCCCUUUACCCCAAUCUGAUUUCACUUCUGCACUAGGGAUAAAAGAAUCCUACCCUACUCCCUUUCUAAUUUCAUGAGAACCUGCCUUUUAUCGGGCAAAUAGUCUCAACUUUUUCUAGUCCCUUUCGCCUAUGCUUGUCCAUCAACCCUGACCAUGCUUUUUGUAGUCUGCCAUCUUUUUCUUAAUAAUUUAGGCAACCUGUAGAUAUCAAAUUGACUUGGGCAUUGCCUUAUACCCACUCAAGCCAUUGGCCUUUCUAGCUGAAUUGAUUGGCAGAAAAUUUCCUGUCUGAAAAGGACAAGUUUUCCCUAUUGUUCUACCUCUCCUAAACCCUAGAACCCUUGUCCGUCCCCCUCCUUCUCCUUUUCCCCAAUUUGAGAUUAGAAACAUUGAAGCCUUUUACUGAGGAGAGAGGCUUUUUUGAAAUGCCAUUAGUUGGAGUGUCAACCGGAGCAUGUGUUCCCUUUGCUCAUUGUUGCUUAGAGGGCCACCACAUUUUCCCCAGCAACUCAUUUUUAUGCUGUAUCCAACCCACAUCAUCACUAUCUUUCCUUUGCUGCUGGAACCAUUGCAAAGUUGAAUCAUCUUUUUUUACUUUUUAUGUUUCCGUGGCUUCCCUCCUCCUACUUAUUUCAUCUUUUGGGAAAACAUCUUUU